ACAGGGUCUUAUAGAGGAGAGUGGAGAAGACCUCCGUUAAACAGGACUAGCAAGCGGUCGGUCGGGUAUUGGUGUGGAAAUCGUGAAUCUAUUAACUUAUAAGUCCACAACAAUUCCGACCAGUUGACAAACUACCUCACAAUCAGUCAAGUACUCAACCAGAGAACGGAAUAUAGCCGAUAGUUCAGCGAAAGUUUUUCUUCGCUUCGAACAAAGUUAACGUUGUCACUUCAGCAGACACUACAUACCGUUAACAUCAUGGAGCUUAUGUGCUGCGAGUCUGAAAUUAUUCAGCAAUCUUACGAAGAUCCAGUUCUAUUGAAAGACAAUCGAGUUCUGCAAAAUUUAUUGGCAACGGAGGAUAAAUAUGUUCCUAUGACAUGUUAUUUUAAUUGUGUACAAACAGACAUUCGUUCAUAUAUGAGGAAAAUGGUCGCCCAGUGGAUGUUAGAGGUUUGUGAAGAACAAAGAUGUGAAGACGAGGUGUUUCCACUAGCUGUGAAUUAUUUGGACCGUGUUUUAUGUGUUAGAGACUUGAACAGAACGUCAUUACAGUUGUUAGGGGCCGCCUGUAUGUUUCUUGCCUCGAAACUCAAGGAAACCACCCCACUAACAGCCGAAAAACUUGUCGUGUACACAGAUAACUCCAUCCAAUUACACGAAUUAAUGGAAAUGGAAUCAUUAGUGCUGCAGUGUUUAAAAUGGGAUUUAUCGGCAGUCACACCCCACGAUUUCCUAGAACAAAUACUUAGUCGCUUAGACAUUAGUGCGGAAAAAAGCGAAACUCUAAAAAGACACGCACAAACCUUCAUUUCUUUGUGCGCCACAGAUUGUAAAUUUAUGUUGUAUCCGCCAUCAAUGAUCGCAGCCGGAUCUGUUGGAGCCGCAUGUCAAGGUCUUUCUCAAACGUUAAACAGUCACUCGAACAUGAAAUUCUUAGAAAAAUUACACAAAAUCACCGGAAUCGAAUUGGAUUGUUUAAGAUCGUGUCAAGAACAAAUUGAGCAGACGGUCGCAUCAAAUUUAUCCAAUUUAGUACCGGAAGCACCAGAAACGCCAACAAAAUCCGACCCUUUAAAAUCGCAGCCAACAACCCCAACUGAUGUCCGUGAUAUUCAUCUAAUAUGAACUUAGUUUUUCUACUCCAUUCAGAGGGAGAAAACAAAAUAUUAACCAAGAAAUCAUCUAGUUGACCUUGACCUCAACUCAAGGUCAUAGACAGAUCCAGAAGGCUAUUUCCUGUUUUACCAAAUAUGGUCUGAAGCCUCUUCUUCCGAUGGCCAUAUUGUGUUCAAAUUAAGGUGCCUGGCUGCCUAACGGACGGAGCUGUUCCGGUUCUAAUGACAGCGCCCCCAGUGCCAUGGAAUGACCUGGAGGUCACUACGGAGAAUUUACUGCCAAUAGACUGCCAAUAGGAAGCUGCCAAUAUUAUUGUAGCAAAAAAACUGCCAUUUAUAUCCCUUGUUGCCAGGGACCAAAAAAACAUUACAUCACGUUACGUCAUAUAUAUCCCUUGUUGCCAGGGACCAAAAAAACAUUACGUCACGUUACGUCAUAUUCAUCUAAUCAGACUUCAUGAUUCAUACCUUAGUAUAUAUUCAUUAAUCUUCAGUUCUGUUGUUGGCUUGUUUAUUUUUUACUACUACUACCAUAUAAGGCAACGCUGUGAUCUAAUAACUAUUCAAACUGUCGUCAACGUGCAGCAGUUUAAAAGGGCUAAUCAAUGCAAUUGGCCUCAGUAUGAUGGACCACUGAAAGACAUUAUUACAUAAUGACCUCAAUUAGACGGACCUAUGAGUGAUGACCUUUCAUAAACUCAGGAGAGACAGUGAUAGUACCUCAGUUUUUAAAAUGGUGACCAUGUGACUAGCUAUAUACGGUCAGUGGUCACGUGACUUUGUGGUCAUGUGAUAAUUCAGAUAUGGUAAUAUUGUGAUUUGUUUAACAUAUUCAGUUUUAUUUUCCUUUCUAAUUUGUAUCGUCUGGUAAAUCAAGGCUUUAUUAUUCAAUGACGUAAUUUAUAGACUGGAUUGAUGUAGACUACAACUCUGUUCUAAGUUAUCCAGACUCAAGUAGACUCUUCAAUUACUUCUACCUCUGUUUAAUUAACAUUUCCUAAUCUUUUCGGCUCCUUUGAUUUAUUUAUCUACCUCAAGAUUAGCCCAGUGCAUGUAAUUUAUUUUCCCCCUUCCCUCGAAAAUUAAUAUUUAAAUCGAUAUAAUUUAUUCACCCCCACCCCACCCUCUCAAAUAUUAUUUAACUAAUAAUAAUGUAAUAUUAAUUCUAGUAUAUGUAGUCUUUGCUUUACCAGACGUUAAUUAAGUGAUCCCAUUUAAUAUAUCAGAUACAAUGUUUUGUAAACUAAUCAGAAUGUAUGUUAUAUUUAAUGCAGACUGAUAAUUUGACGCGCGCGGAUCUGUAAGAAGUCCAUUAUGGAUGUGAUAUAAUAGAAAUAGGCGUCUUUAGAGACCAAAACAAAAAACAAAAAUACUGUGAUAAAAAUAGUUUUAACCAGUCAAAGGUUUGAAAUAAAAAAAACUCAUGUGUUUCUUAUGACUGGAAAAACAAACAAAAAUACAAAGAUUUUACGUCACGUCAUCUAGGUGGCGCUGUUUUUACAGAUUGUUUAUCUGAAACGAGGUUAUAUAUAGCGCGUGAGAUUGGGACUGACAAAAUGCCGUUAUAUUAACUAGAUCGGUCUAUUGUGAUAUGUGAUUGUAUGUAAAGUUAAUAGAUCUAGUUAAGGCUAACGGAAAACGUAAUCAGAGAAAAAAAACCAUUUGUAAAAUAUGUUGCUAAUCAGCAAUUAUCUAUUCUUAAUGAAAAAACUUUGAAAAAAAUGUCAAAAAACGAGUUUGAAAUAUAACUUGAGGAUAUUUCUCAACUUUAUAGAAAAAUCAAAAAAUGUUCUUUAUUAUCGAUAUAGUGCUUACUUGAAAUGAAAAUCUAUUAAAAAAAUAUAAACAAUUCAUUAUUUUUUUUAUUCGUUCUGUAAUUAAAAUAACCGUGUACAUAUUCAUUCAUAUUUAGCGCGUGUUGCCGCCAUCUUGACGAGACGUCAAAUGACGGCAUUAUCUGAUUACGUCAUAACUAAUUGUCUCGUUUCGAAACCCACAAGUCUCGUUAUUUUCAUUCAUUAAAAUGUUAAAUUGUUCAUGUUAUAUUGUUACCAUGGUUACAACCAGCUUGUUCAUCGUUCAUGUUUUUAUAAGAAAUAACUUUGUAUACCGAUUGUAAUUUUUUAUACCAGUGUACAGUGUCGUAUGUGCCGAUAAUAAAGACAAUGAAUUUAAAUAUUA